CGCCGUGGCCGCGGCAUGGAGGAGCGCUGAGGCGCCGCGGAGCCGCCAUGGCCAAGAGCCGCGGGCCCGGCUCGCCCGGCGGCCGCCACCACAGCCUGGCCGGGACCCGCGAGAGCCUGGCCGAGCCCGGCGCCGACGAGCUCAGCUCCCUGGGCUCCGACUCCGAGGUCAACGGGGGCGGCCCCGAGGAGCGGCGCGUCGACAAGUUCGGCUUCAUCGUGGGCAGCCGCAGCGCCGAGGGGCCGCUGGAGGAGGUGCCCUUGGAGGUGCUGCGGCAGCGGGAGUCUAAAUGGCUGGAUAUGCUCAACAACUGGGACAAGUGGAUGGCCAAAAAACACAAGAAGAUCCGGCUGCGGUGCCAGAAGGGGAUCCCCCCCUCACUGCGGGGCCGGGCCUGGCAGUACCUGUCUGGGAGCAAGGUCAAGCUGGAGCAGAACAUCGGCAAGUUUGAUGAACUGGAUCUCCUCACGGGGGACCCGAAGUGGCUGGAUGUGAUAGAGCGGGACCUCCACCGCCAGUUCCCCUUCCAUGAGAUGUUUGUCUCCCGUGGAGGCCACGGGCAGCAGGACCUGUUCCGGGUGCUGAAGGCAUACACCCUGUACCGGCCUGAGGAGGGCUACUGCCAGGCCCAGGCCCCCAUCGCCGCUGUCCUGCUCAUGCACAUGCCAGCCGAGCAAGCGUUCUGGUGCCUGGUGCAGAUCUGUGAGAAGUAUCUCCCCGGCUACUACAGCGAGAAGCUGGAGGCCAUUCAGCUGGAUGGGCAGAUCCUCUUCUCGCUGCUGCACAAGGUCUCUCCUGUGGCCUACAAACACCUGAGCAAGCAGAAGAUCGACCCCAUCCUCUACAUGACCGAGUGGUUCAUGUGCGCCUUCUCCCGCACACUGCCCUGGAGCUCCGUUCUGCGUGUCUGGGACAUGUUCUUCUGUGAAGGGGUGAAGAUCAUCUUCCGCGUGGGCCUGGUGCUGCUCAAACACACGCUGGGCUCCUCGGACAAGCUCAAGUCCUGCCAAGGCCAGUAUGAGACCAUGGAGAGGCUGAGGGCCCUCAGCCCCAAGAUCAUGCAAGAGACCUUCCUGGUGCAGGAGGUCAUCGAGCUGCCGGUGACGGAGCGGCAGAUCGAGCGGGAGCACCUCAUCCAGCUCAAGAAGUGGCGGGAGACGCACGGGGAGCUGCAGUGCAAGAGCCCUCCGCGCCUGCAUGGCGCCAAGGCCAUCAGCGAGGCCGAGCCCCCCCCUCGCAGAGCGCUCGAGGCCGUCCCCUCCAUCAUCGUCUCCCCUGGGCCCGCACCCGUGCCCAAGGCCCGCAAGAGCAAGGAGAAGAGCCGGGAGAAGAGCCCGGCCAGCCCCGCCAACGGCCCCGGGGCCGAGGGCCAUGCGGCGCCCAGCUCUGCCCCACAGCUGCUGCACCCCCAGGGCUCCCCCCACCACCAGUCCAAGGAGAGCCUGAGCUCCCGGGAGAGCGAGGACACCUACUUGUAGGGCCAGCACGGCACGCAUGGACCUGGCUGGAGGCCACUGCUGGGGGCUGCGUGGGGACUGGAGGGAUGGGGACACACCACGGUCCCCAUAUGCAGGGCCUGCGGUGACCCACGGGGACACCUCGGUGCUGGCACCAUGCACGGUGGGAGCCUUGGCAGGGGUGGCUGAGCCACCCAAGCUCCCUCCCCACAGCUGGGGGAUCCCAGGUGCCCCUUGGUCCCUUUGCCCUGUCCCAGUGCCCUGUGCCCCACUGCCCCCAGGGUCCCUUCAUUGCCUCCAUCCCUCUGCCAGCCCCAGGGCCAGUUCCUGAGCACUCACGCCUGGCACAGGGGCACUGGGGGUAUGUGGGGAGCUGGGGGCACCCCUCACCCUGCUCCUCUUUAUCUAGUGAGGAUAUAUCGAGCUGUAGCCCUACCUGUAGUACCCAAUGUACCUACUCACUUGAGCCUAUUUAUUACUCCUCCGUGGCAGUAACCGUUGCAGGACAGGGACCGAGGUUGGGAGCUGCAGGAGCAGGGGGGGUGAUGCCAGACCAUGGGGCCAAAGCCCCUCAUCAUGUCCUCAGCCUCGGGGGGACGGUUCAGCCUCCCGGGGCUCCCCCCAGCACUUCUACCGCCCCCCCCCCCACCCCCCGAGGCCCAGCAGGGCCAAUGCCCUCCCUGGUUUGGGGUCCCCUCUCUCCUGCCUGAGGGUUGGGGGGUGGCUUUGUAAAAUAAAGCGGGGAAACACGGUUUUGUACAAAGGUAAAUAAAGCAGAUUGUGUAAA